AUGACAUCCAAUUCUCUCACUUCCUCACGUAACUCUAGCUCCUCCUGGACACCUAAGCAAAACAAAAUGUUUGAGAAGGCUCUGGCUAAAUAUGACCAGGACACUCCAGACCGCUGGAUUAAUAUUGCUAAGGCUGUGGGUGGAAAGUCUGCUGAGGAAGUCAAGCAGCACUAUGAGAUCCUAGUCAGGGAUGUCAAAGACAUCGAGUCUGGCCGGUACCCUUAUCCAUAUCCAAGUGGGAGCAGCAACUGA